GAUUUUGGGGUUCUUGGUGAUUUAGCGGCUGAGCUAAAAAAGGAUCUGGAGAAACGUACUGCAUCUGUGCUAGAUACAAAUGAUCCGAAUUUUGAUGGAAUCUUCAUUCAAGCAACGGCCCUGAAUCCGCAUCUCGCUCUGCUGCUGGGUGAUGAGCAAUUGAUUUACGCCAGAAACGCUAUAGAAAAACAGUUGAACGAACGUAUGCGAGCGGCGGAAGAAGUAGUGGCACGUCGAGCCGCUCGUUUAAAUGGUGGAGUUGAUGCGCUUCUAGCAACCGUGGUGGAUCGUGCCGCGGCUUCAUCGGGGGCUAGCAGCAGCAGUAGCAGCGACAGCAACUGUGGCAAUGAAGUAACGGCUUGCCAAAAUAUUGCCCCGAGUACCUCACUCUAUCCAGAUCUUGAGCGACAACAAGCAGCUGUAAAAAAUCGCUACGCAGAGGCGAUCGUACAGUCUUAUUUCGAUGAACUCGCUGUAAGUUUCAUUUUCAUUUUUCCCCGAAAAUUGAAACAUCGCUCUCACGGAGAUGAAAUAAUCAACUGUGUCUACAUUUAG